UACGCCUGGUCUUUUUCGAGUCCUGCUUCGAUUUGCCUAUAAGUAUAAUUUUGAAUCGCGGUUCAGGGUUUUCAAUCACAGAAACCACAGAAAUCAGUGAACACCCCAAUUCGAAUUCACCCAAACCUUCAAAAUGCCUUCCGUCGCUGAAAACCAGAUUCGCACCGCCAAAGACCUCUUCCAAGGCUACAACGAGUACACUGCUGACGCAGUCCUUCGUUCUCGCGCCGACAAUUGCGUUCACUACAUCCUGCCAACCUCGCUCAACCGUCCCUCUAAGACCAACGAAGAAUACCGUGAAUUCUUUGGUCCUCUCCAGAAGGUCAUGCACCGCUUUGAGACCACCAUCCACAAGAUUGUCAACGAUCCCGAGAACCACUGCGCAGCGGUUUACGCCUCCGGAAUUGGAGAAUCUCCUGUUGCUGAGUACAAGAAUGAGUACGCAUUCUUCUUGGAGUUCAACGAGACUGGCGACAAGAUUACCAAGAUUGAAGAAUUUGUGGACGCUGCUUUCAGCAAGAACUUCCUGGCUAAGGUGCUUGAGUGGCAAGCAAAGCAGAACUAGAGAAUGCAGGCGAGCACAUAGAUACUAGAUCGCGAGGUGGAAGAUGAAUAUGAG